GCAUGGGGAAGGGUCCUAAUGUGAGUUUGGUGGAAUAGCCAUGACAUGGAGUGAGUGAUAUUGGGUGAGUGAGGUGGGAGAGACUAGACAAAAUCCCAUAUAACCCAUCUUGACAGAUGUCUCAGAAAGAUCACGGGAAUUUCCUGGCUCCUUUACAACGUGGGAUUCCUUUUUGCCACCUAUAGAAGGGCUGGGUCUUGUUUUCAUAGUUCUCUGUCCUGCUCAGGGAUAAAGGUAUGUAAGACCUGAGCUACUAUGACCAUUCCCCUCCCAGAAAGGAGGCACAGAAGGAGAAAAGCAGGCAUAUCUGGACUCAAGUCUUGUGGGUAAUUCCGUGAUUGCUUUCACAUUCCUCUAAUGAACAAUUUGGAAGCACUGUGUUCCUCUCUCCAUUUUAUGGAUACUGGCCCCUACAUCAGCCCUUGGGCCUGAGCCCUGGAGGUUCUGACACCUGGUGGCUGAAUCAGCACCUCAGGAAUGGGCUUCCGUAGGAAACCUGGUGAUUCAGGGCCUCAAGAAUGGCGUUGGGCAAGCCACCACACCAGCUGCCCUUGUCUCCUCCUCCUUGUUGAGGCAACAACAAGGAAGUCAACUCAGUCCCAGCUCAGCUCCACAGACCUCUGUGGAAACAGCAACAGCUCCCAUCUUUCCAACCUUCUGGAGAAGCCACAGCCCGAUGGUGAGCCGAAUGGGCUGGGGGGGAGGCAGGGGGCGGCGUAGGCGGCUGGGGCGAUGGGGAGACCUGGGGCCAGGAUCCGUGCCCCUCCUCCCCACGCCACUGCCGCCUCUUCCUCCUCCUCCGUGCCGGGGACCUGGGGGCGGGAGGAUCUCCAUCUUCUCUCUGUCCUCUGCUCCUCACACCAGAAGCUCCCCCUCCUUAUCUUUCCCUUCCACCCUGGGGCCCCCCUGCCCAGUGCUGCAGGGGACAGGAGCAUCUCAGUCUAGCCAUAGUGCCCUCCCCACCCCAGCCACCCUCCGAACACAGGCACGGCCCACAACAACACCCACCUCUGAUUCCCCCUCCUGGGGAUCCCACUCCACCCCACCCCUGGCCUCGGUGACUCCCCCUCCCUCACGCCGAUGCCCCCAGGACCCUCCUGGGCUGCGGAUAGGCCCUCUGAUCCCCGAGCAGGAUUAUGAGCGGCUGGAAGACUGUGACCCCGAGGGGUCCCAAGACUCACCCCUCCAUGGGGAGGAGCAGCAACCCCUGCUUCAUGUGCCUGAAGGGCUCCUGGGCUCCUGGCAUCACAUCCAGAACCUGGACAGCUUCUUCACCAAGAUCUACAGCUACCACCAGCGGAAUGGCUUUGCCUGUAUCCUGCUGGAGGAUGUCUUCCAGCUGGGACAGUUCAUUUUCAUCGUCACCUUCACAACCUUCCUCCUUCGAUGUGUGGAUUAUAACAUUCUCUUCGCCAACCAGCCAAAUAACCGUACAAGACCUGGGCCCUUCCACAGCAAAGUGACCUUGUCGGAUGCCAUCCUACCCUCGGCCCAGUGUGCCGACAGGAUUCGCUCCAGUCCCCUGCUGGUCUUCCUCCUGGUCCUGGCUGCAGGUUUCUGGCUGUUCCAGCUGCUUCGCUCCGUCUGCAACCUCUUCAGCUACUGGGACAUCAAAGUGUUCUACAGGGACGCACUGCACAUCCCCCCGGAGGAGCUCAGCUCGGUGCCCUGGGCAGAGGUGCAGUCCCGCCUCCUGGCGCUGCAGAGGAGCGGGGGGCUGUGUGUGCAGCCGCGGCCCCUGACGGAGCUGGAUGUCCACCACCGCAUCCUGCGCUACACCAACUACCAGGUAGCGCUGGCCAACAAGGGGCUGCUGCCGGCCCGCUGCCCGCUGCCCUGGGGAGGCGGUGCGGCCUUCCUCAGCCGCGGCCUGGCGCUCAACAUCGACCUGCUCCUCUUCCGCGGCCCCUUCUCACUCUUCCGCGGGGGCUGGGAGCUACCCGACGCCUACAAGCGCAGCGACCAGCGGGGCGCCCUGGCCGCGCGCUGGGGCCGCACGGUGCUGCUGCUGGCCGCCGUGAACCUGGCGCUGAGCCCGCUGGUGCUGGCCUGGCAGGUGCUGCACGCCUUCUACAGCCACGUGGAGCUGCUGAGGCGCGAGCCCGGCGCGCUGGGGCGCGCCUACCGGCCCGCCGCCGCCUUCCUGCGCGCCGCCGCGCCCCCCGCGCCUCUGCGCGCGUUGCUGGCCCGCCAGCUCGUCUUCUUCGCUGGCGCGCUCUUCGCCGCGCUGCUGGUGCUCACGGUCUACGACGAGGACGUGCUCGCCGUGGAGCACGUGCUCACCGCCAUGACCGCGCUCGGGGUCACGGCCACCGUGGCUAGGUCUUUCAUUCCCGAAGAGCAGUGCCAGGGUCGUGCCCCGCAGCUCCUGCUGCAGGCGGCCCUGGCCCACAUGCACUACCUCCCAGAGGAGCCUGGCCCUGGCGGCAGGGCCAGCGCUUACCGGCAGAUGGCGCAGCUGUUGCAGUACCGAGCGGUCUCCCUCCUGGAGGAGCUCCUGUCCCCGCUCCUCACCCCGCUGUUUCUCAUCUUCUGGUUUCGCCCUCGUGCCCUGGAGAUUAUUGACUUUUUUCAUCACUUCACUGUGGAUGUGGCUGGGGUUGGGGACAUCUGUUCCUUUGCCCUUAUGGAUGUGAAGCGCCACGGCCACCCUCAGUGGCUCUCAGAGGGACAGACGGAGGCCUCAAUGUCUCAGCGUGCAGAGGAUGGAAAGACUGAGCUCUCUCUAAUGCGCUUCUCCCUGGCACAUCCGCAAUGGCGCCCUCCAGGGCACAGCUCUAAGUUCCUUGGGCACCUUCGCGGACGUGUACAACAAGAUGCAGCUGCCUGGGGCGCCACCUCCGCUCGCAGCCCCCCGACCCCAGGGGUGCUCAGCACCUCCACCUCGCCUCUGCCGGAGACCUUCUUGGCCAACCUCUUGGUGCAUCCCCUCCUGCCACCGAGGGACCUGAGCCCCACAGCCCCCUGUCCAGCUGCUGCCACAGCCAGCCUCCUUGCCUCCAUUUCCCGCAUCGCCCAGGACCGCAGCUGUGUGUCCCCGGGAGGCACUGGGGGCCAGAAGCUGGCCCAGCUCCCAGAGCUUGCUUCUGCUGAGAUGAGUCUUCAUGCCAUCUACCUGCACCAGCUUCACCAGCAGCAGCAGCAAGAACCAUGGGGGGAGGCUUCAGCUUCCUCCCUGUCCAGGCCCUGGUCCAGCCCCUCGCAGACGCCCUCGCCUAAUGAGGAGAAGCCAUCCUGGUCAAGUGAUGGCUCCAGUCCUGCCUCCAGCCCCAGACAGCAGUGGGGAACCCAGAGGACCCGGAAUCUGUUCCCUGGAGAGUUUCAGGACACCACAAACACUCCGAAGGAUACUGGCCAGGCCCUUAGCACUGACUGAGAGGACUUUUCAGGGUUCCCUGGCUUUUCCAGCCACAGGAGAUGGAUGGGGUGGAGUGGAAGGACACUGAGCCAUCUUUAGAGGCCCCCACAAACAACAGGCCAAGGAUGCUUUAGUUGGGCAGGACCUGGGGCUCAGUGAGGAACUCGCCCUGGAGAACAGAGAAAGGGUAGGAGGGGAGAUGCCGAUGGUCUCUGGAAACAAGGCCUAGAGAUGGUCCCCACACGGAGGGGAUAAGGGGACACCCCCCUCACCUAGCUAUCUUGGAGAGGUUGCCUGGGAAGAAGUCCCCGAGUAUCCUCAAGGUGGAGGGCAAGGGCCGAGGCGGAGGCCAAGCUUUAUAAACGUAAGGGAAACAAAGAGGCAGUGGGUUGGUCAGGCCGGCCUGUCCUUCAGGUUCCCAUGGGACUCGCGGGGUGGGGGUGGAACUUGAGAGAGGAAAGACUUUAGAGAGGCUGAUGUUUUGUGCUUCAGCACCAGCAUGAUGCCUGAGGAAGUGGGUGUGCCCCUCAACCUGUAUGAGACAAACAGUAAAGAUUGUUCAUGGCUG